AGAUAAUCCACUAUCUCCAAAAUAUCUCAAAAAUAUCUCCCAAAUAUCUCCCAUCCUAAGUCGAUAAUGGAUUUCGAUAAAACACAUCUACUUGAUUUCAUCCAUGAUACCAAUCGUACUAUUUGUUCAUUUUGUUCAAUUAUCAAUAUAUAAACGAAAUGGUAUUUCUUAUUUUUACUUUUUUAAAUUCUUUUUUCUUUUUUACUCAACACUCUCUUAUAAACACUUUAUACUAUUAAUCAUAUGCCUCCAUUAACUUCAGAGAUUAUUAACGGUAACAUCGAUAAAGCAGUUUCGUCAAAGGUUUAUGACGAUUUUAUCGUUAAAUUAUUAAAUGAAUUAACUUCAAAUCCAAACUUCGAUCCAAACAUCGAAUUUGAUCCCUCAAAGCACAUCAUUUUCAAUUCUGAGACUGAUUUUGACAAGUACAAAGUGACAACAUUAAGCGAUAUUAGUAUUGAACAUGAUGAAGCAAUUUCCAACUGUGCGUUUACUCCAGCAUUCCCACUAUUCAGUGAGGAAGCCAUUGAUAUUAUGAGAUAUGAAUUGUUCCAAGAAAAGGUCUUUAAACAAUACGGCAGAGCUGCUAAUUUAACAAGAUUCAAAGGACUAGAUGUUCAAAUCGGUGGAUAUACUCAUUUGACUCCCUUUACAGCAAAAGCAUUGACUCAUGAAAAGACCAUGGAGGUCUUGAAUAAAUAUGCAGGUCUAGAAUUACAAGUCAUGAUGCCAUUUGAAUUGGGUAGUAUCAAUUUUGGUAUAAAGCCUUAUGAACGGGUUGAGGAUGAGAAAAAGAACAAGGAAAUUUAUCUUGCUAAAAAUGCCAAAGCAUUUGAUAAAGAUGCAGAUUUUGUCAGAGGAUGGCACCAUGAUAGCAAUAGCUUUAGUUUCAUUCUAAUGAUGUCAGACACCAAAGAUAUGAUUGGUGGUGAAACUGCUUUGAAAACUGGCAAUGGUGAGAUCCUUAAAAUCGACAACUAUGAAAAAGGUUGGGCCUCUUUAGUUCAGGCUCAUUGCAUCAACCACAUUGCGUUGAAACCCUACUGUUCAGUUGAAAGAAUCACCUCUGUCACCUCCUACAGGGCUAAAGACCUGUUGCAUAUGGAUCCAACAGUUAUCACGACCAUCAAGCCCUCGAUCUUCCCCAGAACCAUUUACAACACAUUUUAUCCGGAGUGGAUGGACUACCGAUUGGACGUGAUGGGAGAGAAGAUUGCGUGGCUCAGAAGAAAGGUCGCACAAGAUAGAGAGAACCACAGGGACUUCAAUCAGAUUGAGAUGAUCAACUACUUGGAGGACUUGACGACGUACAUCAGAGGCAGCUGGAGGGAGUUCGAGGCUGUUGACGAAGGCCACAUUGAGCAGCCUCCUCUUCGCCGGUACAUCAGGAACUGGGCCCACAAUGACCGAGACCUCAGCAGCGCCAUCUACAAUUUUGAGUACGAGAAGUGAACAUUCUACAUAAACAUUCUACAUAAACACUUUAAUAAACACUAAACA